AUGGUUAAACAGUUGAUUAAGGAUAUGCUUGUUGAGGGUCUGGCUCCUGAUGCCGUGACAUAUUCAAUGCUAAUCAACAUGUAUGCAAAAUUAGGAGACCUAGAAGAAGCUGAGAGGGUGCUUAAACAGAUGACUGCAAGUGGCUUUGUGCCUGAUGUUGCUGUAUUUGAUUCACUGAUCAAAGGCUAUAGUGCUGAAGGCCAGAUAAACAAGGUUCUGAAAUUGAUACAUGAAAUGAGAGCCAAGAAUGUAGCUCUUGAUCCAAAAAUUAUCUCGACCAUUAUCCGCCUUCCUGAACAGACGCCGCUGCUCUGGUCUGCCACCACCGCCUCGGUCCCUCACAGCCAUGGGCCAUCAAUAUUGCAAUCAGCUCCACCAUCCCUCACUCCCGUCCACCACUAUCAUGUAGCCUUGACCAGUCGUGCCCUGUGA